CUGGACACGACUAGGAACACUAGCGGAUAUUUACAAAGCUCGUCUACAGUUAUCCAAAGCUGACUCUCAACAACUAACCUACCUAACCAAAAACUGCAAAAUCGCCUCCGCAACUCUUCCUUCAAACCCUACAAAACUAUGAUUCGCUCCUUCAAUCUCCACCAUCUCCCCUUCCCUAACGGCCUCAUUAAGCUCUCGUCCGUCUUCGACUGGAAUAAUCUCAUCCUGAUCGCCAUGCACCGUCAAGACGCGGGUCCCCUGCUUCAACACCUCCACAGCUGCCGCCAUAUCCAUAGCGGCGCGCUCCUGCACUUGCUCCCACGUCAUCUGGUACACCAGCGGUACAAAAUUUCCAUCUCCAUCGACCCGGGUAGUUGUUACGGUGACCGGGGCGCCACUCUCCAUGGUCGCCAUAGCCUGCGGUCCGAACAAGGCGUGCAUGCCACGCUCCAUCCUCCACCUGCCGGCCAAGUUAACAAUCCGGUCGACAUCGUUAUACUUCUGCCCAUACAACAGCACGACGCCGGCGCCCUUCGAGUGCCCGACGAUGGCGCACACUUUAAAGCGGCCAUCACGGCGCAGCUCCUCGAUGAGGGGCGGCGCGGUUGACGGCUUUACGAGCGGCCUUCUUUAGAUGAUAGCCCAUGUGAUCGUCGUUCGGGUUGUAGCGAAAUACGGAGUGUGUGGGUCGCGGGG